GAAGUUUUGUUUGUUGCAUUUGUCUGUCCGUGGUAGAAACUCUAUCUAUGCUUCGCUUCUCCCUAUCCCUUCUUCUUUCUUGUGCCUCCUUUUCGUUAAACCCUAUAAGCCUACCCCAGCCCUACACCCAUUCCAACCCUAAAUCCGUCGAGGGGAGCCAAUGAAUCCCUCUCUUCUCACUGUCCCUUCUUCCUCUCACCCUCGCCCUCUCCUAUCCUUCCCUUUCACCCCUAAUUCCCUCCCCUCUCGACGACGCCGUGUCAGGGUCUCCUUCCCCCGCAACACCCACUCCACCCAUGAACAAUCCCCUCCCCCCACGUCCUCAUCAGAAUCGACUACCAUAUUUGAAGGCCCAAAGGAGCUUACUGGCAUCCAACCCUUGGUUGAGAAAUUGUCUCCGCCCCUCAGACUAGCCACUUCUGCUGUCAUUCUCGCUGGUGCUCUAGCUGCUGGAUACGGCCUUGGCCUCCGCUUUGGUGGGAACCGGAAUGCUGCUUUGGGUGGCGCAGCCAUUCUCGGCGCAGCUGGUGGUGCUGCUGCCUAUGCUUUGAACGCCGCUGUUCCAGAAGUUGCGGCUGUUAGUUUGCAUAAUUAUGUAGCCGCCCGCGAUGGCCCCGAGGCCAUCAAGAGAGAAGAUAUUGAAAAUAUUGCCAAAAAAUACGGAGUGAGCAAGCAGGAUGAGGCAUUUAACGUGGAGCUUUGUGAUCUAUACUGUCGGUUUGUAUCUUCUGUCCUUCCCUCCGGAAAUGAAGAUCUUAGAGGCGAUGAAGUUGAAACCAUAAUCAGCUUCAAAAAUGCAUUAGGCAUUGAUGACCCUGAUGCAGCUUCCAUGCAUAUGGAGAUUGGUAGGCGAAUCUUUAGGCAAAGGCUUGAGACUGGAGACCCUGAUGGUGAUUUAGAGCAGCGGCAGGCAUUUCAGAAGCUGAUUUAUGUUUCAACUUUAGUUUUUGGAGAUGCAUCAACUUUCCUUUUGCCUUGGAAGCGUGUUUUUAAAGUCACUGAUGCACAGGUUGAGAUUGCUAUCCGUGACAAUGCGAUGCGGUUGUAUGCUUCCAAGUUAAGUUCAGUUGGAAGAGAUGUUGAUGUGGAACUGCUUGUCUCCCUUAGAGAAGCACAACUUAAGUACAAACUUUCUGAUGAGCUUGCUAAAGAUCUGUUGAUGGGGCACAAAAGAAAGCUGAUCGAGGAAAACAUUUCUGUGGCAGUCAACAUACUUAAAUCUAGGGCAAGACCAGUUGGGGGAGUCAAGCAAGCUGUGGAAGAGCUUGAUAAGAUACUAGCUUUCAAUGAUUUGCUUGUCUCUUUUAGUAACCAUCCAGAUGUCAAUCGUUUUGCCCGUGGGCUUGGUCCUGUCUCUCUUGUUGGUGGUGAGUAUGAUAGUGACAGAAAGAUGGAUGACUUGAAGCUUCUUUACAGAGCUUAUGUAACAGAUUCUUUAUCUGGUGGUCGCAAGGUAAAGAAUAAGCUUACUGCAUUGAACCAACUGAGGAACAUACUUGGUUUGGGUAAUAAAGAAUCAGAAUCUAUCAUACUUGAUGUUACUUCGAAAGUAUACCAGAAACGACUUUCAGAGGCUUUUCAGAGUGGUGAUCUAGAGAUGGCAGAUAGCAAGGCUGCCUUCCUCCAAAAUCUUUGCGAAGAACUGCACUUCGAUCCACAAAAGGCUAGUGAGAUCCAUGAAGAAAUCUACCGGAAAAAGCUCCAACAAUGUGUUGCUGAUGGUGAGCUGGAUGAUAAUGAUAUUUCUGCAUUGCUGAGGGUACGAGUCAUGCUCUGCAUUCCUCAGCAAACUGUUGAUGCAGCUCACUCAGAUAUCUGUGGCAGUUUGUUUGAGAAGGCUGUGGUAGAUGCUAUUUCAUCUGGUGUUGAUGGCUUUGAUGCUGACAUUAGGAAAGCUGUGAGGAAAGCUGCACAUGGUUUGCGAUUAACAAGAGAAGCAGCUAUGUCUACUGUCAGCAAGGCUGUCAUUAAGGUUUUCUUGACUUAUGUCAAACGGUCUCGAUCAGCUAAGAAUCGUACAGAGUCUGCAAAAGAACUGAAGAAGAUGAUUGCCUUUAACACCUUGGUUGUCACAGAAUUGGUGGCAGACAUUAAAGGAGAAACUUCUGAUACUCCAUCAGAAGAGCCUGUUAAAGAGGAACUAAAACAACUUGAUGAGGAUGAUGAAAGGGAAUCCCUUCAGACACUUAGGAAAAAAAGACCUGACAAGGAACUUAUUGCAAAGAUGCGCAAGCCAGGCCAAACAGAGAUAACUCUCAAAGAUGACCUCUCCAAAAGAGACCGUAUGGACCUCUAUAGAAUAUACUUGCUAUAUUGUCUGACAGGAGAAGUCAGCACGAUUGCUUUCGGUGCUCAGAUAACCUCUGAAAGGGAUGAUUCAGACUAUGUUCUACUAAAUCAGCUUGGUGGGAUCCUUGGUUUGACGACUGAGGAGACAGUGGAAGUCCGUCGGAGUUUGGCAGAGCAGGCUUUUAGGCAACAAGCUGAGGUGAUUUUAGCUGAUGGGCAGUUAACAAAGGCUAGGGUUGAGCAGCUCAAUGAGCUGCAGGAGAAUGUUGGCUUGCCUGGACCAUAUGCGCAAAAAAUAAUAAAGAGUAUAACAACUACCAAAAUUGCGGCUGCCAUUGAAAGAGCCAUUGGUCGAGGAAGACUCAAUAUUAAGCAGAUAAGGGAACUCAAGGAAGCAGGUGUUGAUUUAGACAAUAUGAUCUCAGAGAGCUUGCGAGAAAACCUCUUCAAGAAAACUGUAGAUGAGAUUUUCUCAUCAGGCACUGGGGAGUUUGAUGAAGAAGAAGUCUAUGAGAAAAUCCCAGCAGAUCUCAAGGUUAAUUCUCAGAAGGCAAAAGGUGUUGUUCAUGAUCUUGCACGGACUAGAUUGUCCAAUUCACUUAUUCAAGCUGUGGCACUGCUAAGGCAGAGAAAUCGUCAGGGAGUGGUUUCCUCACUUAAUGACUUGCUAGCUUGUGACAAGGCUUUGCCUUCAGAGCCAUUAUCAUGGGAGGUGCCAGAGGAGCUAGCUGAUCUUUUUGGUAUAUAUGCAAAAAGUAGUCCUGCUCCCGAAAAAUUGUCCCGGUUGCAAUAUCUGCUUGACAUAAGUGAUUCAGUGGCAGCAGCUGUGCAAGAGAUGGGAGAUGGAGUACUAUCAGGUGGAGCAGAGGAAGAAAAGUUUGUGUUUUGAAUGUUUACCGAAAUUGUGUUGUUGAGCCUGUUUGGGAAGCUCAUUUUUGAAGGCCCUUUAUCUUUCGAAAGUUGAAUGGAGAAAGACGAGUAGUAGUAUAAUGUAGGAUUGCCAUUAGUGAUAAGGUGUUUGAUCUUGAAUAGCAAUGGUAGUACUAUUGCUUUCUUCUUUGCUCUGUUUUUUCCUCACUACUAAUUAUUUGUACUGCAUGGGGAGCAAGGUAUUUCCCAAACAAGAAGAUAUAAAAGUUUUUUAUUUUCCAGUUUUUAAUGUGUAGGAGUACUUCACACACUUGUACUUAUUUUCUUAAAUAUUUCUAGGUCUUUGUGUAUGAUUAUUUUCUGAUUACAUGGUUGAAUAUCUUGUGAAAUUUAGGAGCAUCAAGCUUGUAAUUUUGAUUUAAUUUACUCUGGUAGAGUUAUGUACUUUAUCACUUUUUUCUUGUUUGUAAAAUUUGUUGUCAAACGCUACAUUCGACUUCCCUCAAAAAUUUUGUUGGAAAGUUUCUUACAACUGCCACUGCAUCACUUG